UCUCAACCCAUUUGUGCGUUCACUCAACGCUGUUCGUGCCUCACCCUGACCUCCUCCCCAGCUUCCUGCUGUGGGCCCCGUGUCUGCGUUCCUUCACUCCCUCCCUGCCCUCCCAACAUCAUCUUCAUCCAUUUUCUCUAGCCGGAUGCAAAGCUAGAGUAAACGAGUUAGAAGCGAUAGCAGCAUUUCGCGUGAUAUCGCCCCAUCUCACCUCCGGCCCGUUCACCGCCUAGACGCCGCCACUAUGUCGAUCACCAACACCGUGCUCAGCUCCACCGUGAUCGACGGCGUCCGCGCAGCCAUGGCCAGGAGCUCGUCCUUCGAGGAUCUGUCGUCCGAUAGCAUCCAAAUGUUCGUCGGCUCUCUCGCCUCGCAAGUGCUAAGACUAAAGGCCUCCAGCCGCGUUGCCUGCCCGCGCCCGUUCCGCAGCGUCGCCAGCGGCUGCGCCAUGCCCCUUCCCCCCACGCAAGAAGACCGCAACGAACCCGAGCUCGCCUCCGCGUGCCCCUUCCCCGUCCCGCACUCCGCCCCCCUUAAUUGCGACGUGGAGGUGGAAUCUGUCCUUGAGCCCACGGGUUUCGGCUCGGCGCGCAACUACGCGGACGAGGCGGCGCUCUCCGCCACGCUGGUAGAGGCGCGCGCGGGACUGCUCUCCGGUCACGUGCCGCAGCUGACGUCGGACGGCUCCGGCGGCACCUACAUGCUUCGGAGCUCCGGCGACGACUCGGCGAAAUCGGAAUUGGAAGCGUCGCGCAUCGUGGCAGUGUUCAAGCCCAUGGACGAGGAGCCCCUCGCGUGGAACUGCCCGCGCGGCAUGCCGCCCAGCGUCACCGGUGAGGGCUUGAAGCGUGGCACGCGCGUGGGCGAGGGCGCGUACCGGGAAGUCGCGGCGUACCUCCUCGACCACCCCGUGAACGACGGCGACUCCCGCGGCUUCGCCGGCGUUCCGCCGACGACGCUGGUGCGCUGCUCGUCGGGCUUCUUCCCCGCGGCGGGGGGUUCCCCCGUGACGCCGCUGGACGGUUUGGAGAUGUACGGCGUGGACGUGGGCAAGGUGGGGUCGCUGCAGCAGUUCGUGCCCGCCGUCAGCAACUGCGAGGAUAUGGGCCCCGCGCGAUUCCCCGCAUCCGACGUCCACAAGAUCGCCAUUCUCGACAUGCGGCUCGCGAACACGGACCGUAACGGCGCGAACAUCCUCGUCGCAAAGGAGCCCGCAAGGGACGGCGGCGAGUCGAGUCUGAAGCUGGUACCCAUCGACCACGGGUAUUGCAUGCCCGAGUCGCUCGAGGAGUGCACGUUCGAGUGGCUGUACUGGCCGCAGGCCAAGCAGCCGCUGAGCGACGAGGCUAUUAACUACAUCGCGAAGUUGGACGCGGAAAAUGACCUCGCGCUGCUGGCGGCGAGCGGGUGGAGCGUGCGGCCCGCGUGCGCGCGAGUGCUUCGCGCUUCGACGCUGUUGGUGAAGAAAGGCGCGGCGGCGCGCAAGACUGUGUAUGAUAUGGGUAGCAUGAUGGUGCGCGACGACCCCGACGAGAAAUGCGCGCUGGAAGCCAUGAUAGAGGAGGCUGAGGCUAUGGCUGGGAGCGGCGGCGAGGACGCGGUGAUGGCGUGCCUGGCGCAGGUCAUGGAUCGCCACUUGUAGUCGCCUCGCCAUGGACUCAGGGAUGCAGCACAGUACAGUACCCACCUUACUUGGUUCCUGUCCUUGGGAGUUCCGUAACUGCCAGAUGGUUACAAACCGGGCUUUCUCUCGUGGUGUAAUGAAGUAUCUGGUGUCAUGAUGGUGUAACCACAGGACACUCCAUGGACUUUCACAGGAUGGCUUGGAUUGGAGAUGGUGUAUGUGAUGUGGUCUCAGUGCCAUGCAUUGUAGCAGUCCCAUCAAUGAUGUGCAUUUGUGCAGAUAGCCCAGUAAGGGCAUUGAUUUGAUGUAAAAAUGACCCUCUACAAUGAGAUGGAUAUUCA